GCUAGACUUGUUAUUGUGUUCAUUGGGGUCAUAUGUUCUAAAGGACAACCAUUGUGUUCUUGCUACGCUCACUGGAUCACACAUCAUUCAAAGGAAAUGUGAAUUGACAAAGAUUUUAAACGAGCGUAUCACUUACUCAGUGUUCAUUUACUAGGAGUUGUGCAGUGUUGGCAAAAGAGACAUGUAAGAAUGGGGGAUGAAAAGCAGCAAGACAUGGUUAACUUGCAUUUGACUAUACCUGUACCAAGUAUUGUAGUAAAUAGAAAUGAUAACAGGGAAAUUGGAAUGAACAUAGAAAACGCAGAUUCACGUGGUGGAGUGACGGCACGUAAACCAACCAUUAUAGAUGCUUUUGGUCCACCAGGUAUCGGUCGAUUGCUACGAGAGCAAAAGUAUUACAAAGCUUACGUCAUAUCUUGUCGUCGUAUAUCUGAUCCGGCUGUCAUUGGACCUAAGGGUCUGGUCGACCAUUACCGAUGUUGUAUGUUCACUAUGUUGGGUGGAGAGUUGGAAGAAGCGAUUCGAAUCAAAGAACAACUGAAGACGUUAAUAAGAGAGAAAUUCCAAACCACGCCGAAUGAAAUCAAAACAUUUGCUGACACUAUCAGGGGUGAAGGGAAAGACAUAGAUGCGAUUUUGUUUGAUCAAAUCGCUGCCGAGUUUUAUGGAAAUCAAUCGAAAGCAGGACACGUGACCCACACGGUUGAGCAACCAAGCGUAUCGCAAGCUACGUCAUCGUUACAAGAUAUGCAAAUUAACCCACAAGGAUCACGUGGUGGAGUGACGUCACGAAAACCAACGAUUGAAGAUAUUUUUGCUCCACCAGGUAUCGGUCGAUUGCGGCAAAAGCGAAAAUAUCACGAAGCUUACGUCAUAUCUUGUCGUCGAAUGAAGUUCGACCCAGCUGUCAUUGGAUUUAAGGAUCUAGUCAAUCAUUACCGAUGUUGUAUGUUGGUUGAAGAGACAGAAGAAGCGAUUCGAAUCAAAGAACAACUGAAGACAUUAUUAAAAGAAAAAUUCCAAACCACCCCGAAUGAAAUUAAAACCUUUGGUGACACUUUCAGGGGUAAAGGGAGAGACAUGGGAGCGAUUUUGUUUUAUCAAAUCGCUGUCGAGUUUUAUGGAAAUCAAUCGAAAGCAGGUUUGGUCGGGAUAUCGAAUUGCGCAUGUGGGAUCCAAGAAUCUAUCAAGGCAAUGUUAUCACGUGACGAAGGAUUGAAACCGAUCGUUCGAACCCAUUUGAUUCCACUGAUGCGUGAAAUGCGAGAAAUGAUUCGACGAUCUAGUGACGUCAGUGAGGAAGAUCGGUGUUUGCAGGAAGUUCGUUGCUUGAAUCAGAUCGAAUACAGUGAAUAUUUGUUUGGAGACUGGAUUAAUCGUAAAACAACAGUGGAAGAAGCGAUCGCUAUUAUGGAAAGGGUGUUCAAGAAGAGAGCUGGAAAGUAUCGUGUGUACGGAGUUUGUUUAAACAAUCUCGGUGACACGUAUAACAACACUUCCCGACCCAACGAUGCCUACCAGUGUUUCCGCAAAGCUAUUGCAGCUUAUGGGAAAGCUGAGGAUAUCAACGCUGAUGAAAGAGAUAAAGAGAUUGCCAUCAGCAAAUGUAACUUGGAACGUGCGAAAAGUCAAAUGAAAUAA